CCCUCCCCACGUCCUCCUCCCCAUUCCUGUCCUCACUGAACGGAGGAGGAACGACGGGUGUUGCUCGUCUGCUUUCUUGGCUUUUCUGAGGGGAUGUCUGUUACGACUGAAGUACCUUUCUCUGUUUUUCCCCCGAUGUCCACCGGGGGGAAAAAAGCAACCAAAAGGCUAUGAACUGUAGAUCCGGUGUUAUAGGCUUCUGACUGGUGCCCUGAUAGAUUGCCAGAGUGAGACUGGGAGGAAAAAACCAACUUUUAUUGUAUCCGCGAAAGAUCAGUGGUACUAAAAUGAGAAGUGACACAGUGCACCCAGUUUAACCAUGUUACACUUGGUAUUUUUGGGUUGACUUCUUUCAUCGAAUACUAAGAUUGGUAAAAUCAUGGAUAUGUACGCCAGGACUCAGGGCAAUCGAAUGAAACCAAGGAUAUCCAUGAAAAAGAGUUUUGGUGAAGGUGUACUGCACUCUAUGAAGUCACUGCUACACAGCAGAAAAGAGUUAUGCAGUGUAUCAUCAGAGGAGUGUCUAAGUCAGGAAGAACAAGAUAAUUUUAUUGAGAUUACAUUUAUAGGUUUUGCUGAAGAGAUGGGUACUGCUCGUUUGCAGGAGUUGGCAGCUGUUUCUGUAGAGCUUCCAGAUGUUUUGAAAUCGUUCCAGUUAUGCAAACUGAAAGAAAACGAGGUUAUAUUUCUAAAAGAUUUAAAGAAAACCUUGGCAAAACCUUAUGUCAUGAAACAUCAGAAUCAGCUUCCUGAAGUGUUUUGUGUGAUGAGACUGUCUCCUUCGUUCCCAAGGAUCAAGGUUGAUUAUAUAUUUACCUUGCUGAGCAAGUAUACCACAGGCGUAAGAUAUGUAGUGGAAGUAAACUCAUUGCAAAAACAUCAAACAGAGGCAUCCCAUGGAGAAGAUGAUGACACUAAUCAGUCAGUUUCUUCAAUUGAGGAUGAUUUUGUCACUGCUUUUGAACACUUAGAUGAAGAUGAGCCUUCAAAGAUACAAAGUGCUGGUACAUCCAGCUUUACUUCUCGAAACCAUCGAGAUACUGCUUCACAGACCAUCCCUUCUCAAUGUUUAGAAGCUGUUGACUCAAAGUUCCUUGUGGGUUCUGCACAUCGAAAGUCAUCUACCAGAUCUUCUACUUUGAUUGAUAUUUUGGGACUUAAGGAACUGUCCUCAGUAAAAAAUUCAGUUACAACUUCAAUUUCUGAUCCUUGGAUACAAAGGAGUUUCUAUAAGCCAUAUAAUCCUUGUGAUCAAGGUGUUAAUUUUUUGUGUAAAACAUUGUUUUCUUCCUCUCCAGCUGAAUCCUCUGAGUCAGAUUGCUCCAGCCCAAGCCCCAUAAUCUUCUUAGAUGAAGAAGGCUAUCAAAAAAGCUUAAAGGCAAAACUUCAGCUGCCAAAAAUUCCAGUAGUGAAAGAUGGUAUAGAGGAUUCAGACUCAGAAGUAAGUGAAUUUUUUGAUAGUUUUGAUCAGUUUGAUGAGCUGGAACAAGCCUUGGAAAACUCUUGUAAAGUUAUUAGGGAUCCCAUCCUAGGGAAUCCCUCCCAGAAAAGGAGGACUGGCCAUGAACAAUUAUCUUCUGCAAGCAUUACAAUGAAUCCUCAGAAAUUCAAGUUUGAUCGUCCCACUCUCCCAGCCAAUGUAAAGAAACCAACUCCUCUUAAACCAGAAUCACCAUAUAGCAGCGUCUUUGAUGUCCCGGAUUCCCCUCGCCCAGUUAAAACACCAGGGGAAGAGAAUGGAGGCUUGUUCAGCCCUAUUAGAUCAUCAGCUUUCAGUCCACUAGGGAGCUGUGGUUCUUCUGAAUGUUUAUGUCGAAUUAACCUUGGUGGAGAUGGGACGGGUCAAAAUCACCAUGAUGCAGUUUAUAACAGUUAUUCAGCAUAUGCUGAUAGUGUUUCAUUUGAAAUACUAGGUUCUGUUUUUCAUUCCAAGUCCUCAUCAGAACAAGUAUGUGCAGAAAAUGAUUCAAAACACAAAGGGAUUGCUUUGAAAGAGAAAAAAGGUCAAGCUGGAGAUCUCAAGAUGAAAACUAGUAAGGAGCCAGAUAAACAAGCAAAAUCUAAACAUAAGUCAUUGAUGAUUAGAGACAGCAUUCAAAAAUUUGCAACUGAAUUAGUUGAAAAAAGUUUUGGCAGUGCAUUUAAAGACCUGCAAAAAGGUGUUUCUUCAUGCACCAAUGCACUUUGCCAUUUGGCUGCUAGGUUGACUUCUUCGGUCUUUCAGAUGGCUUUUUAUGAGAUUGGAAGACGUAGAGCAGUCUCCCUGAAGGAGCGUGCCAUUAAUGGGAUAGCAAGCUUUUUGGUGAGCGAAGCUAUAACUGGUGCUUUGAAGGAACUGCGGCAUGUAAAGAAACAAAUAUUUACCAACACUGUUGCAGGGUUUGCAGCAGACCUUGCUGAAGAGCUUGUGUUUGAAGGAAUCAUGGAAGUAUGCCAGUUUUCAUAUCCAUCGACACCUACAGCUGCACAGCCUUCAUCAUUUGAUUACGAAGACAAAGUGGUAAGAUCCUAUGCCAGAGAUUUGUCUGAAUCUGUCAUUCAGGAGGCUUUUAUUGAACUGUCUCAGGUUGAUGUGACCUUCACAACACAAGCAGCCAUUAGUGUUUCCAUGGACAACAUUAAAUAUGUGAGUGCAGAAAGUAUGUUGGAGUCAACACGGACUUCCACAGUUUUUCCUAAUCUUAAUGACAGGGCAACACUGAAGCCAAUCCAAGAUUCUGAGAAGGAAUAUACAGUACAGCAAGCUCUGUUUUGCACCUCUGGUGUUGUAAGUUCAAUACCUGUGCCCUUAGCUGGAAGAGCUCUUUGUCAACCUCAGGUUUCCUCUGUUGCUCAUAAAGCAAAAAUAUCCCCUGCUCUGAAUUCUGAUGACAAUAUGAAAGUGUACAAAGACCCCGCUCAUCCACUUUCCACAAGCAGAAAGAGAGAGGAGGAAGUCACUUCUUUCAGAAAUAUAUACCUAACUUCAGAUCACAGUCAAAGCACCGAAAGUACUCCAUCAUGCUUACAUAACCAAAAUGAUACAAAACGUCCAAAUAACAGAUCUGGAAUGAACAAUAAUUCAGAAUUAACAAGUGGGUCAAAAGGCAUUAAUACUUUCUCUGGAACUAUGGUAGAUAUGAUAGUAAAUGAAGCUUACGAAGCCAUAACCUCAUCUAGGGUAACAAAAGCAGUAGAAGAGUAUACAGAUUUUUUAACGAGAAAAAUAAUAGAUAAAAAACCUUAUGUGCAAUGUAUUGGUGAAGAUUUCCCCAAGAAUAUGUUUGCAGAUCACUUGGCAAAGUAUGUCAUAAAACAGUCUGUGGAUGAAAGUAAAACUGUGUUGUGCAGCACUAGUGAGAAUUUAGCAUGUCAUGUGAGCUCACAGACUUACACAGGUAUCGGUAGAAAAGAACAAUGUGUGAUAAAGAAGCAAGAGGCUGAGAAACAAAGUAAUGUUUCUAUAAUUGCAGAACAACAACAGAUGCCUUUGAAUAAUCCAUGUAAAUUUCUUCUUACUCCAACUCAUUCUGUUCAGUGUUUUUCAGAAUCUAAAGAUUGUUGGCAGGAUCAAAAAGGACACAGGUUUUCUUCAAAAUCGCCACCACCUUGUUCCGCUGUGACUUUUGCUAGGCACUUUCUAGAGGACUUCACUGACACAGGAAGCUGCUCAGUAACGUGCUUAAACAGGCCCUCUAAAAAACACGAUACCCACAAACCAUCGCCAGGACCUUUGGCUUACAGGCAGGCUGAUUGUUUUCUGCGUGCAAAUAGCUUUUCUUCAGUGAUGUUUGGCAGUGAAGAUGCUUUGCAGAUGGAAGAUAAAUCAAGUCUCCAAGAUGGAAAUACCCGUGUAAUGCCUGAUACACCCCCCCCAACCCCUUUAGUACCAUGUCAAGGUAGUUCUGAAAGAAACCUAAGAAAACUAUCCAAGAAACUCAAGGGAGAACUAGCAAAGGAAUUUGCACCUGCGACACCACCUUCUACACCGUACAAUCCAUCUGUUACUGAAUUGUCUGAAACUGAACAUGACUCUUUGGAAAAUGAAGAAUUUAUGCUGAAACUCAUGCGGUCACUUUCUGAAGAAGUGGAGAGUAGUGAAGAUGAAGAUCAUUCUGAAAUGGCUGUUGAGAAAGAGGAGCAUUCAGAAAAAACAAAUCAGUAUGCAGAUUGCUUAGCUAGCCAUAUAAUUUCAGUAGCGACUGAAAUGGCUGCUUCCCAUUUAGAUGGUAAAACAAAUGAAAGAGAAGCAUGUAGACAGGUUCAGUUAGGUAUGCAAAACAAAAGAUGCAGAUAUACUGCGCUUACAAAUGUCCCAGAACAGACGUGCAAUUCUUUAUGGAAUUAUGCAGGUGAUAUGGCAGGAAAAGUCAUCAGUGAGGCCAAGAAAAUAGUGAAAUCAAGGCAUUGUAAACUGUUGAGAUUGAAGAGGGUUAACUGUCAGGUGGAUUGCCUUUAUGUGAGAAAAGGUGAUUAUCGUUCAAAAGACCGAUGUGGUCCAGCGCGAGAGCAGUGGCUGGGGGAGAGAGAUUCAUCUGCACUUCCUUUACCGCAGGAUUCGGGCAUGACUGGUUUGACUUCCAAAUACCCAAGCUGUGAAAGUGUGACUGAUGAAUACGCAGAUCAUAUUAUUCGAGUUUUGAAAAGAGAAGGUGGUAAUGCUGAACUGUUAAUGGAUCAGUAUGCUAGCAGACUUGUUUACAGGUCUAUCAAAUCAGGCUUACAGCAAGCUGCUAGAAAAAACAAAUUGAGAUACAACAGAAAGGCAUUUCCUGGGCAAAAUGCACAGGUGCAUGGGAAGCUGGAGCUGAUCAAAGCAAUGAAUAAAGAUGCAGUACAGCAAAUGAAAAGCAGCGUUCAUUGCUGUGAAGACCAAACGUACGGAAGGAGUAACAGCACACAGAGAACAGAAUGUACAGAGUUGUUACAUUUUUCAGAAUCCCUUGCUCACAGUAUCACUUGUGAUGUCAGGAAGAAGUUGAAAAUAUCGGGAGCAUGUUUGCCAAAGUCUCUAACAGAUUCCUGUCUAUAUAAAAAGACUGAAUUUGAUGAAGUCACAGGGGAUCUCAUUAAAACAAGAAUUUCUAGGACAUCUCUUCCUUUCUCCCCAGAUCAUAAACUGUAUCAUAGUACAGGCAGUUUAAAUGACAAUGGCUACAGUGAAGGCAUAAUUCAAGCUAUAGAACAGUAUGCUAGGAAAGUAGCAGAUGAUACUCUAGAAAUGAGUUUAGGGUCAGCUGUUCUCCAUGUGGCUGAAAACAGAAAAAAUGGGGAUAAGCUCUCAUAUACUGAGAAACUGUCUCCUUUUUCUGGAACUGUCUGUAGAUGCUGCAGUAUGAAGGAACAUCGGUACUGUACAGAAAGUACAUCUCAUCAUCUCCCUGCGCAUGAAUCCUCCAUCCCAGUGAGGCAUUUUCUUCAUUCUGGAUUGGGUGGUGCCUGUCAAAAAUCAAGAGUGUUUCAGCUUGAUAUUCCUAAAAUUCAUGUUGAUGUAGAACAGAAGACAGUGCUUUCUGACAAGGGGGCUACUGCGGCCAUAGAGAAGGCAGAAGGAGAGCUGAGUUACACAAGUCUGACGGCUGACAGUGGUAUUGGACAAGAUGGAGUCAGUUUUGCUGAAAGCCUUACAACUGAAAUAAUGACAUCAGCUAUGACUAAUAUUGGUCAGACAGUUAACGUAAGCGUGUAUUUAAGCAUGCCUACGAUAGCAGACCACCUAGCUGAUUGUACUGAAAGCAGUCAGGGGAAAAUAGCCAAACUGUCCUAUGGGGAACAAGUUCAGAAAUGCUCUGUUGGAAGAGAAGGAUUUCACUCUGUUGAAUCUAUUGUUAGCCAGCAAAUGAGUCUUAGUAUUGGUGAUGAUAGCACUGGGAGUUGGUCCAAUCUAAGUUUUGAAGAUGAACAUCCUGAUGAGAGCAGCAGUUUUCUUCACCUCAGUGACAGUAAUGGUAACAGCAGUAGCUGGAGCAGUCUUGGUUUAGAAGGGGAUAUGUAUGAGGAGAAUUUAUCCUUUCCAACAUCAGACAGUGAUGGAACAGAAGAUAAAGAUGAAGACUCCAAGGAUGCUGUAGAAGGUUUGGAGCAAAUACGAAAGACUUUAGCAAUAGUGAACAUUGAUCUGGAACCAAAUCUAGUGGACCCCCAGCUCAGAGCAACUCUUCAGUGGCUGGCGGCUUCUGAAACGGAGGUGUCUGAACUUUACUUUCAUGACAGCGUUACAAGGGACUUCGUCUUUCUUACCAGAAGACUGCGAGAAAGAGAUUGGAAAGUUGGAGAUCUCUUGCAAGCAGUGCUGAAAUAUUGUGAAAUGAUAGAGAAGGCAUCUGAUGGAGAGCAAGCUCUAAAUAAGUCUUUGGUUGGUUGGCUUCUGGAAAAUGUCUGAAAAAUCCAAAGAUGCAACACUCUUCACUUCAUUCCUCUUUUGAAAGGUGAUAGAAAGAACACAGAUAUGUAAAGUAAAAUUCAACUAAUGAAUGUUCAGUUGUCAGCAUUUAAAAGACUUUGAGGUGAAAGUCAAAAUAGCUGUGCUGUGCUUUGUGAUACUGUGCACAUGGUAUGUUUAUUCAGUCUGUGAUUGGUAUUGUCCACCCACGCAUAACUUGUACUUACUGCUGUGUUCAGACUGUUGAAAUAUUUAUGAAAAAAAUCCCUUGUCUAUGAUAGUAGUUCAGAAGGGACAGUCUCAGGCAUGCUAUUCAUGAUUCCUGCUGUGCCAGGAUGCCUCUUUUUCCCAUUUGUGUGUGCUGUAUUCACAGUGGGACUAAGAGCACUGACAUUCUGCAAAAAUCUGUUCUGGAAUACCUUGCAGCAGACAAUGGAGAAAAGUAGUGACAUUGGCUAGGUGUUAUGUGCCCAAGGGCACCAUUGCCAGGAAGAAAAUUGUGACCUGCCAAAGUGGCCCCUUAAUACAGUCCGGCCUCAUAGCUGUCUUUAUCAGGUUUAACUUUAUGUGAGGAUGAGAGAGUCUGCUCUGAAAUCGAGGUCCAAAUAUAUGUUCCCUUUUGUUGACUACUAUAGAGCUGCUAACUUCUGGUAGAAGAGCAGAGUGGGUAGCUGAGCAUAAUUUCACACACAAUUCUUCAUCAAGGCUUCCUGAAGCUUGCCAGUUGAGUUUAAAUUGCUAAAUUUCUUACUGAAGCUUUUUGUAUGCAGAUACUUCUAUGACGCCAGUUCUGUGUUGAAGAAUUUGUGUAUUAGUCUCUCACACAGACAUGUUGAAAGUAGCAGAUAGAUACUUCUGAGGAUUCUGGCUGUCUUUUUGACUAGUCUAAUUCUUUAUUUCUUAGCCUCCAUAUAUGAAUUUUCUUUUCAGUCAUAAAGAGAAUUUUGUUACUCAGUGAGCACUUAAGCAUUUAGCAAAGAAAGCCAAUUAAAACAUAAAGAGGAAAUUUCUUUCAAAUUGAUUUUUCAUUUUUUUCUUAACUACCUUCACAGAAUUUUUUUAAAGGCACUUUUAAUCAAGUCUUUUAGCAGUCUAAUCAGGUUUUUCACCAGUGCUGCUGACUUGCCUUUGUGUCUGAAGAGGACUUUGGACCUUUAUGUAUUCUGUCAUUUGAAAAUGCUUUUUGGGGUUUAUUUAUACAUUCUUUGAGAGAAAAAGGCACGUGCUGGUAAUUACAAGGUUGCCACCUCAGAACUCAUAUAACUUGCAAGAAAAUCGUGGAGUCUUAUUUAUUUUGGAUGAACAAAAGAAUCUUAAUAGCUUUUUCAUAGAAAAAUACACUGUUGAUAGGGUGCACAAGUUUCUGAUCCCAAACAAGGAGAGAGAAAGUCUCUAAAUAUAUUAAUGAAUUUUAAUGGCAUAUGUACAGUUCCUAUUUCCCCUACACCCUAAAUUACUAUGAGGUGUCAGACUGGUAAACUCAAGAGCAGUCUCCUUGCAGUGUCUUUGUGUUUCACUAAGCCAUUUUGGUGGUCUUUUUACAGAGAUCUGGUUUGCUCUAGUCCUCAUUUGUCUGGAUUUCUGCCCUGGAUCUCGCAAAUUUCACCUUUCUGGCAGAGUUGAGGAUUUUUAAUGUUUUUGCAUACACACAUAGGUGCAUUCACACAUGUGCAUACACACAUAGAUACGCGUGUGUAUUUAUAUGUGUAUAGGAUCUCACAAAUACGAAUUCAUAAUGUAAAUUUUUACCACCAACUUGAAAUUCUGUAAUGCUCAUAGAUUAUUACCUCACUUCAUACAUGAUUUCACUGAUUGAAAGAUCUAUAUAUGCCAUGUGACAAGAAGACCAAGAACCAUUAAAAGGUCUUUUCUUCGUAGGUAAUAUAAUGCCAAGCAUCAGGAAUCAUUUUUCUCUAGAGCCCAAAGUGUGUGUGUGUGUAAGUUAUCUUAAUUCCUGUCUCUGGAAGUUGGGGCUAGUAACAAAUAUUUUUGAAGAGUUGUACAAAAAUUGUCUAGAUUUUUUUUUCUCUCCAACCCCCGCAUACUCCUUUCUUUUUAAAAAAAGUUGACUUUUGAAAUUGUUCCAGACAAAAAUUUGAAACCGUUCUCUGUAACAUAUUCCCUUUAACACAACAGUAAUGUACUUGUACAAAUUUACUAUAAAAUUGAAAUGCCAAGAAAAUAAAAUACUAAAAACAGUGCCUCAGGACUGAAUUUUGCUCUGGGGUUUGGACCCUUGAAUUCUCACCAAGUGGAAUUUGAAGACAUGGAGGAUACAGUAGUAAUAGUAUGAUGUUUCUGUACAUGUCCAAAACAAAACUGAGAAAGAUAUUGAAGGCAUUAUAAAUGUACAAAGCUGUACAUUUGAAAAAAAUCCAACAAAAUGCCAGGAACAGCCAUUUUUAAACGGAUUUAUUCAGUAUGUUGGAUUUUAUAAAGUUGCUGAGGUGUUUUUUCUUUUUAAUUACUUUUCUGGAGAAAGGCAGAAGAUUGCACAAUUCCCAACUAUUACAACUAUUACGACUAAUUACAACUAUUCAAAAAGUUAGUGGACAAUAGUUGCACUAAAAAUGAUUUUUAUAAAUGGAAUCUUCUUUUCAGACUGGAUCAAAUACAUUACAUAACUGUUGAUUGGUGUUAUAUUAAGGAAGGAUUAAUUUAUUGGCCUCUGGGGAAAGUAGCAUAGUUUCCUAAUUUACAUGAGAAGAAUGUUCAUUUUUACUUAAACAAAAAAGCAAACCCAUUUUGUAUACAAAUUUUUUAAAAUUUGUUCCUGGUUGACUUGAUUUUUCUCUUUGGGUAUCAGAAUUGGAAAAGCAUUUAACUAGCCUGGCAAAAUUAUUAUAAGUUAAUAAUUUUAAUAAUAAUUGGGAAACCUUACUUUGACUGUGUCUAACUGGUGCUGUCUGCCAUAUUAUUGAGAAAGCUGUUCUUUGCUAAUGCUGGUCUAAAAUUGUGCUAUUACUGAGUUUAUUUUAAACUCCUGACCGCAAAUAUAGAAGCCUAAAUGAAAACUGUUAAAAACAUGAAAGGCCACAUUUUGGUCCAUUUAAAGCAGACAACUCUGCUUUAUAAACAAACACAGUAAGGUGGAGUUUGUUUCAUCCAGCUUUUUUUCUGUAUGGGAAACCUGACUUGGUAAUUUAAUUGUUAAGUUGAGGAAAAUACAUCCAGUGGUGUUACUGUUCCAGAGGACGCCCUGUCUCAAACACUUCAGGAAUACAUUUGAUGUUCUGAAAAAGGAAGUGUUCAGAUGUUUUGUAAGUUUCUCUAGAAAAAGCACUUUGAAAAUAGUUCCUCUAGAAAUUAACAAUUAAAAGCGGCCGUAAUUUAAAACAAAUGUAAACAUUCAGAAGAGGGUGCAUAAAUAAUACAGGAGUAUGCAGAAAGCCUUAAAAUAAAAACCAAACAAAACUCAAACCCAUAUGCUAAAAUUGAAGAGGACUUGCUGUCUCAAAAUAAGGAUGUGAAAAAGUAAGCUAAGACAAUGUACUUGAAUGCAAUUUGUAUAGCAUCUUUGUUCUUGAGUUUUAAAAGAUUGUGUAAGCUUUUUAAAAAGCAAACAAAACCCCAAAACCCAGCAACCCACAUUCCGAGACUAAUUAGGUCUCUCAAAAAUGGUAUCAGAUCUUAAAUGUUACAUUUUCUGAUGUAACUUUUGUCUGGGACCUUGUCUAUAAAGAGCCACAUCUUGUUGAAGAUGGGAACACAGUAAGUAGUAAACACUGUCACCAGCGCAAAACCCUGUAGUUUUACACAGUUGAUUUGCAAAGAAAAACACAGGAUUCAGGAAUGAUUUUAGUGUAAGAAUGUUGGCUUUUCAGCAAGAGCCACUACUGUUGCGCAUUUACUGUACUUGAGCUCUGAAGGGGCAAGUACAGAGCCCAGCCACUGUAGUCACUUUAUUUUAUACCAUCUUUGUACAUUCCUGUUGUAUAGCUGGAGUUGUAGUUUUAGAGGGCCUUUGUUCUGUUGUAAUGUCUGAAUAGUAUUUAAUACUAAAAUUUAUUAUAAUUUGCUGGAACUGCCGCUUAUUUGUGCAGUGUUACAGUAAUUCACAGCCUGGUUAGUGAUGCAAUUGUAUACCAAAAGCAGUUUGAAUAACUAUAAAUGUUUAUGUAACUGUACUCAAUGAAUAUGAAGGUCUUGUACUGUAUAAUGGUGAUGAGUUUUGCCAUUUUAGUAAUUUAACUAUACUCGAUUUUCAGAUUAUGAACUCCAGGUUGCACUAAGUUUGUCCUUGUUUUAGCAGUGGCUUAAAAUAAAACAUUUCACUGGC